UCCACCAGCUGGUGAACAGUUAACAUGGUAACCAUUCUCUCUUCUCACCCUCUUUCUCCAAUUUUGAAUCCAAAAGCAUCCAUUUCUAAGAACCUUUUAUCUCCUUCACUUCACUCAAGACCCACUUCUCUCUUUCUCUCAAAACCCUUUACUUGUAGCCUCAAGAAACACGCUUCCCAAUCACUAAAACCAUCUUUGGCAGAACCAAAAAAUUGGUUUGUUCAUGCACAGCAAGGACUAGCAGCUCUAGCUAUCUCUUUGGCACUCAAUUUUUCUCCAGUCCUGUACACUGGCAAUGCAUUGGCAUCAGAGUUUGAUGUAAUUAAUGAGGGGCCACCGAAGGACUCCUAUGUUGUUGAUGAUGCUAAUGUGCUUAGCAGAGUGACAAAAUCUGAUUUGAAGCAGCUUUUAUCUGAUUUGGAGUCAAGGAAGAACUUCCACAUUAUUUUUAUCACUGUUAGAAAGCUCACAAGCAAAGCUGAUGCUUUCGAGUAUGCUGACCAAGUUUUGGAGCGUUGGUAUCCCACACUUGAAGAGGGUAGUAAUAAAGGUAUUGUUGUGCUUGUUACAAGCCAAAAAGAAGGCGCAGUCACUGGUGGACCUCCUUUUGUCGAAGCUGUGGGAGAAAAUAUUCUUGAUGCUACUGUAUCAGAGAACCUUCCUGUUUUGGCUACAGAAGAAAAGUACAAUGAAGCCAUUUACAGCAGUGCCAAGCGGCUAGUUGCUGCCAUUGAUGGACUUCCAGAUACUGGUGGCCCCAAGGUUAAGGACAAUAAGCGUGAGUCCAAUUUUAAAACCAGGGAAGAGACGGAAGAGAAACGAGGACAAUUCAGUCUUGUAGUUGGAGGUUUGUUGGUGAUUGCUUUUGUUGUUCCCAUGGCUCAAUACUAUGCUUAUGUCUCCAAGAAGUAAAGGGUAUCUGUGUAACAAGUAGUGAAACAAUUGAUGGGGAAACAUGUAUGACAUGUAGUUACACAAUUGAUCAUGUUAAAGGUUGUUGAUGAGAAACUUGCAAUCCAAGCAGUAGCACAGAUUUUUGGUUCAUAUUCAGAAAACCGGAAUCAGUAUAAUGUUUGAUCUAAACAAAGCUGUAUUAUAGAACAUUCAUUAUCUACUCCUAUAAUCGGCAUAAUUAGAAUUGUUAUGGCCACAAAUCAAAAAAUGAAACCAAUAUUUUCCCUUGAUGUGAUACAACUAUACAGUGACAUGUCAUCCUUUUCAUUCAUGAUGAACGAUUUUAACUGCAUAUCAUUUAGCAUAAAAUUUCAACAUGUAUAGCUUAAGUCCAUAGACGGGAGUUUUGCUGCAUAUGCCACACAUAAGCAGACAGUAUAUAAUUUACCUUUGUGCAAAUGGAAACUUCCAGUCCCAAAUUAUAAUUCUUUAGAGUAAGUUUUGAUCAAUGACACUUGCAAUGACUGCUAGAA